UUUGGAUGGUCAGUUUCACUCACUUCCCCAGUUUGGGAAUAAUUCGCUGCCACUGCUCAGGCAGUAAGUUAAUAUUAUGAGCUGGCUUGCACAGGUGCAUAAAUAAGCACGUGAAUUCCUGAGAAGUGUUGGGUUGAUAUGGCCAAAUUGUGCUUUUCUCUUAUAUUGAUAAAUUUUGAAUAGGUGUGCUGAAUUCUGUAGAAAUAUUCCCUGUGGAGAACACUGUUGGCCUUGUUUGCCAAGUACUUCUUUGUUUCAUGAGACUUGGAGGAUUUUUUUCCUCCAGAUUUAAGUUCUGUGACUCUUUGCACUGUGGAUGGUGCUCCAUAAUAGAAUUUUAAAGUUUCAGGUAAAUUUUAGUAAUAGCUUAUUUCUGAUGCACCUUUUUUUUUUUUUUUUUUUUUUUUUGUUUUUGUUUUUGUUUUAGGUCUAGGGUAGAAGCAAAAAAGCUUCUUGUGAUGUCAGGUGUCAGUGAAGAAGGGGUGGUGUUAUAAAUAAGCUAUUUAAAAAGAACCCAAUAGUAGAAGCCAAAUGUCUCCAUCUUCUAUCCAUUUUAUUAAACUGUGUCACACUUCACUUCCAUUUGUACAGUAGGUGUUCUGAAGCAAUUUAUUGUGUACUAGAGAUAAUUAGGUCUUCGUUUCAUUGCAGUUAGUGGGUUACUUUCAGGAAAAGCCAGUUUUUCAGUUUGUCUUCAGGGUGUACAUCUGUCAUAACUCUGCUUUCUUCCCAUUCUGUCUCUGCAGCUGUUCAGUGCAGUUUGUUACAGUGACACCCGUUAACAUGGUUACAGUUAAUUGUCUGUCAGAGUUUGAAUUAUACACUCUUUUACCCAGGGGUUUAUGCAGCCCUUGAAAAUACUUCAGUAAGAAUUGUGCUGUGGAAAACCUUUGACAUGAGGAUGUAGAUUUUUCCUUUUUUUUUUUUUUUUUUACAAUCUGGUUCUGUUUAGCUAUAUGCAUAACAAGGACUGACACACUUUACAUCUUUCUCUUUGAUUGCCUCUCUACUUGAGGUCAAACUGAGAGAAGGAUUAUGUGGGGUUCUUAACUUUGCACAUGGUAUGUGGCACAUGGGGGUGUGUGUGUGCAUGCUGUUGUCCCAUUUUCUUGGGGUAGUGUCUGGAUUUCUGCCCUUUGCAUUUUUUACACUCUUAUCAGUGCAACUCCUGGGACUUCAGUGUGGGAGAAAAAAAGGAAAGGUCUUGACAUCCAUGUCCAGUGGGGUCUUUGGGUUUUGUUGGUAAUUUAUCUCUUGGAGAGGUAAGGAGGGAGUAGCAUGGUAAUGAACACUGCUAAAAAUAAUGAAUUUGCUGUGCUCUGUCAGGUUGCUGAGUCUAACCCAUUGCACUGCAUCUGUCAUCCAAUACUGGGAAGUGGACAACAAAGUCUGUAUGCCUACCUGCAUCUAGUUGUUUGUGUAGAUUAAGAUGUUUAUUGCUCAGCUCCACAAGGAUAUAUAAAUUCAAAUGCUGUUGUGUGGCCUGACAUUGAUUAUAUUGGAUUAUUGUCCUGUCAUUUCAUUUGCACAGCAUUUACAAGUGUUUUGAAAAAGGCUUCCCACGCUCUCCAAAAUACAGGAGUCAGUUUCAGGUGGUGUAAUUUUGCCUUCAAAACCAAUUUGAGCGAAGGCACCAUCAAAGUCCAGAGUUGCAUUCUUAUGUUUAAAGUUUGUAACUAAUAAUUGAGUAAAACCCGAAGCUUAAGCAAGCAUGAUUAAAAAGGAUGGAAAAGCGACUGGUGAUGUGUUUCUGGAAAACAGAGCAGCACCUUCAGCCUCUGGAAAAGCAGAGUAGGGUGUGUUGUAAGCUGUGUUUGGCCUCACAGUGCUGCCCUGCUAUGGCCAGCUCAUCUGAGGGUGACUGAGGACUAAAAAGGCAUAAUUGGUGCCAUUUAUCAUGGUGAUGUGCUUCCAUGAAGUGCUCUUGGAUGCUUUGCUGCCCAUGGAAUUGGAGUACCAUUGCCAGCAGAAUGGUGGCUGUUUCUUGGAAGCUGUUUGGCUGAAGGCUGGCAUUAGCCUGAGCCCAGUUUGGUUCCUCCCUGAUGAGUUGGUAAAUGUUAACUAGAGUGUUGGGAGAAAACAUGAUCAGCAUGCUCUGUGUUGGACUGACUGAUUUCUGAAAGGAUGAUUUUAACAGAAAGAAACUUUUGUCUUUUGAGGAAAUGAAACUGAAAGUUUAUAUAUAAAAGUUGCUGAGUUACUAAGAAUUCACAGGAGUCACUGGAAGGUGAUAGAGAGUGUGGCUUGGUGAUGCAGCCUUUGUCAGCUUAGGGUUGUUGGACUCUGCAGCAGCUUUUGAAGUGCUGGGCUUUCUCUUCAGGUGAAGAGUGUGUUGGGCAAACACCCUUUGGGGGCUGGUGUAAGAAUUUGGGAUAAACAGGUAUAGAAAUGUUUGUUAGGAAAUCCAGGGCUCACCCACAAGCACUGCUUGACCGACUGUGUCCUCGCUUCAGAGCGCUGUUCCUUCUGCAGAGGGGUUUGGGAGCUCAUUCUGUGGUAUGGGUGGGUGCAGGGGAUUUUUGUGGGAACUACUGGGCUGGACAGCAAUUUUGUGAUUGCAGGCACUUAGGAAUUGAGCUCAGUCAUCUGGGUGUCUCUUCCUGCCCUGCAAGUGUUGCAGGCUGGGGUGCAUAGCUUUUACUCCCGCUAUUAAAGCUGGUCUCGAAUGUUUUACUGUUUUUGUGCUUACAUAGGAAUUCUCUUUGCUUACAGCCAUAGUGAUCAUAGUGUAUGCCUGCUGGAACAGGGCAAAAAUUUGCAGUAUCAGUCUGCAUCUAACCCUCACUAUCCCUAACCCAUCUUUGUUUUUAAUGUACACUUUUUAGCAUGUUUCUUGUGUGACUUUGGGUCACCCACCACCUGACAGAAACCAGUAGGAUUUCAAUCUGCAUGGUUCUAAGUCUCACUAGCUAUUCCAGUGCUGUCUCUAGAACAUGUGUUCUGGUGUGUGCAUAUGAACAUCUGGUGGCAGCUGUUUAAAAUUAUUUUAGAGGCUGAAAAAAGCAGUUCUAGUGACAAAAGUUCCAGGGGGUUAAUCUUACGAGGUUUGAGUCUUGCUCUAAGAAGCCAAAUGCUGGUUUUUCGUCUGUGAUUUAGCUCCCUGUAAACUCAGGUUAGGUUCAAAAAUGGGAAAAUCAGAUCUCUGAGUUUUAAUUUUUUUUUUUUCCUCCACAUGGAUCUAUAAAACAAUCUCCCAGGAGCUUCAUCAAAGAGGAUAUUUCUUUUAAUGUUAUUAUUGAGAACACAGGCUUUUCAGUGUGGCCAACUUCAGAUGCCUGACUAGAGUGGACAAGGAAAUUAACUAUCUUAUCUAAUACUCUGUGCUCAGGAAAGUGGCUUCUGCUCUGGCUUAUUUCCUGAAAAACUCUGGAGAGUGCUUAAACUGGGAGGUGUGAUUACCACUCUUUCCUUCAAAAAGCAACCAAAAAGGGGAUGGUUGGUUUGUUUUUUAGAGACACGUGGUAGGAGCAAGAAGGUUCCAUCUCUUUCCUUAUUUUUUUGAAUUUGCAGAAUGUAUGUUAGGGGAAGAUCAAGUAAAAAUGAACUUGUCCAGAAAGAUGUGAAGAAACAGAACUCCAAAUUUUCUUGUUUGUUGCAAGUUCACAGGCUGCCUGCUGUUUCCCGGGGAGAUCAUGAAACGCCAGCGGCUUCCUAGCAGCAGCGAGGACUCUGACGACAAUGGCAGUCUGUUUACCUGGUCCCAGCAUUCCAGAUCUCAACGUCGUAGGACUUCUUGUUCCAGAGAUGAGGACCGGAAACCUUCUGAGGUGUUCAGAACGGACCUGAUCACUGCCAUGAAGUUACAUGACUCCUUCCAGCUGAACCCUGAUGAAUACUAUGUGCUGGCAGAUCCCUGGAGGCAGGAGUGGGAAAAGGGAGUUCAGGUGCCAGUUAGCCCAGGGACCAUCCCAGAACCAGUAGCCAGGGUGGUGUCUGAGACAAAAGCCGUCACCUUCACGCGGCCCAGGAAGUUCAUCGUGUCCUCGGGCGCGGAGCCGCCGGAGCUGGGCUACGUGGACAUCCGAACCCUGGCAGACAGCGUGUGCCGCUACGACCUCAACGAUGUGGACGUGGCAUGGCUGCAACUUGCCAAUGAAGAAUUCAAAGAAAUGGGGAUGCUGGAGCUGGAUGAGUACACCAUGGAAAGGGUGAUGGAGGAGUUUGAGCAGCGCUGCUACGAUAACAUGAACCACGCCAUCGAGACGGAGGAAGGGCUGGGCAUUGAAUACGAUGAGGAUGUUGUCUGUGACGUCUGUCAGUCUCCAGAUGGAGAGGAUGGCAAUGAAAUGGUGUUCUGUGACAAAUGCAAUAUUUGUGUGCACCAGGCGUGCUAUGGGAUCCUGAAGGUGCCCGAGGGCAGCUGGCUGUGCCGGACCUGCGCGCUGGGCGUCCGGCCCAAGUGCCUGCUCUGCCCCAAGAAGGGCGGCGCCAUGAAGCCCACCCGGAGCGGCACCAAGUGGGUGCACGUCAGCUGCGCUCUCUGGAUUCCGGAGGUGAGCAUCGGAAGCCCUGAAAAAAUGGAGCCCAUCACAAAAGUUUCCCACAUUCCCAGCAGUAGGUGGGCACUGGUGUGCAGCCUUUGUAAUGAAAAAGUUGGAGCUUCUAUUCAGUGCUCAGUGAAAAACUGCAGAACAGCCUUUCACGUCACCUGCGCGUUUGAUCGCGGCUUGGAGAUGAAGACCAUCUUGGCAGAGAACGACGAGGUGAAGUUCAAGUCCUACUGUCCCAAGCACAGCUCCACCAAGAAAGCGGACGCUGAGACUUUGAGUGAAAGCCCAGGUCAGGAGAACAGGAAUGGGAUUCAGGACAGCUCCCUUCCUGCCCACAUGGACCCCUUCCACACCAUGGAUCAAAACCAGGAGGAGGCCCACAGGGUCAGCCUCCGCAAGCAGAAGCUCCAGCAGCUGGAGGACGAGUUCUACACGUUUGUCGAGUCUUUGGAAGUGGCCAAAGUGCUGCGGCUGCCUGAGGAGUCGGUGGAAUUCCUUUACCAGUACUGGAAACUGAAGAGGAAAUCCAAUUUCAAUAAGCCUUUGAUUACCCCAAAGAAGGAUGAGGAGGACAAUCUGGCUAAACGGGAGCAGGAUGUUCUGUUCAGGAGGCUGCAGCUCUUCACACACCUCCGGCAGGACCUGGAGCGGGUGCGUAACCUCACUUACAUGGUGACGCGGAGAGAAAAAAUCAAGAGAUCUGUUUGCAAAGUUCAGGAACAGAUAUUCAACAGCUACACAAAGCAGUUGGAACAAGAAAGAGUUUCAGGUGUGCCUUCCUCAUUCUCCUCCAUGGAAAACACGGUGCUGUUCAACAGCCCGUCGCUGGGCCCCGACGCCCCCAAGAUCGAGGACCUGAAGUGGCAUUCUGCGUUCUUCAGGAAGCAGAUGGGCACAUCUCUGGCCCACUCCUUGAAAAAACCCCACAAGAGAGACAGGGUAAGAGACAGGUCUGGGAACGACAGCAAAUCCCUGCUGGGGCAGCCCAGCCCGAGGGAAGGAGGCGCAGCUCCAGGCAGCUUUUUAAAUUUUGACAAGCCCUUUGCUGAGACGCGGGUUGUGUCGGCGCAGCAGAAAAACAGCGCCGUUCUACCAGAGCACAGGAAGAGAAGAGACAAUCGCCCGCAGUGCGAGGUGGCGAAAGCAGAGCUGAGGGAAAAGACUUCUAAACACAACCACAAACCGCUGAGACCCACGGAACUCUCUCAGAGGCAACUGGAAAACAAAAGGGCUGUGAACCACUCCGGUGGUAGGUCAGCGCCUGGCACUCGGAGGGAUAUAGUGCCUAAAUGUAACGGGGGUCUGGGCAAAGUAAACUCUCAUCAGACAGUAGUUAAAGUGCCUACCACACCCACGAGCCCGGGGAAAAACUGGGGCGGAUUCCGAAUUCCAAAGAAGGGGGAGAGGCAGCAGCAGGGGGAGAGCCUGGAGGAGACCUGCCGCCAGAACUCCGGCUACCCCUACCUGGGCGUGGGCAGAGUUCCAGCCAAGGAGAGGACGAAAAGCAAGUUAAAGCCUGACAGUGAGAACGAUGGCUACGUCCCCGACGCCGAAAUGAGCGACUCGGAGACGGAGGUGGCUGAGAAGAAGUGCAGGCAGCAGAGGCUCAGCCCCAGCAGCAGCAUCGGCAGGAGGACAGACAUUAUUCGGAGGAGCAUCCUGGCGACCUGACUGGACACAGCACUAGAUGGGGGCACUAGAGUCACUGCCUACAAGCCAACUCCACCUUACUCAUCAGUGUGAGAGAGGAGCAUUCUUGGAGCUACAGACUGACAAAAUGAAAGGCCAUUUUUUUCUGAGUUGUAUAAGUAUGUUUACAUGCACUUAAAGCUGUUUUAAGCUCUUUGGUUUUGUUUUAUUUUGUUGUUUUUUUUUUUUUUCUCUGCCCCAUCCACACCCCCCACCCUCCCCAUUUCUGUGAGAAGUUGGAAUCUCCCUUAUUUGCAACUUUCUUGAGUAGGCAGAAAAGUGACAUCACUACUAAAACAGGAGUUGGGAUGCACACAGCUCACAAAAAUCUUCUAAAAGGGGCUGGAUGUGGGGUAGGCGGAAUCAGGCUGUAUUCAUCCCUUCUAGCUAAAAGGCACUGAAACUUUGACUCCCUUCCCCUGACUUCUGGAAAAGCACAAGCUCUUAAUUUAACUCGUGUGUAUUGAAUGGAAGAUGGUUGUUAGACCAUACUGCACUGCACUGGUAAGUCCCAUUAGAAAUGUUCCCUGUCCCUGGGCAGGGGCAACUCUUUCUUCUCUCUUUGCAGAAUGUGUUCUGUUGUGUUCAGUUUGAGCACAGGUGGCAGCUCAAACUAUGCUCCAGAGUUUACUAAAUGAUGACCAGGCACAGCCACAACGUUGCACUGGAGGAGGAGGAAGGGACAGGGCAGGGCUUGAAAGAUUGGGACUGACACAAAGGAUGUUCCCAAAUGGCUCAGUUCUGAGCAAGGAGUGGGUUUGGGGGUUCCAGCACUCCAUGGAAUAACCUGUCACCCAUAGUCAGGCACCUGCUUUUGGGAGUGUGAUGACAAUUCCAGACAGAAGUUUUCUAUGGCACUAGGCAGGAGGAUUUCCCAAAGGCCACCACAGAUGCACUAAUGAUAUGUACUGGGAGAGUCAGGCUUAUGACACUAAAAGGUUGCUUUAAAUGGACACAAAUAUAUAUUUUUAAAUAGGGUAAACCACAAAGGCAAUACAUUUGUGAUUAGCUCUUUACAGUCAAGCAAAGAAAAAACUAUUUCGUUCUAUUAUGGAUUAGAUUUGAUGGAAAAGGGAACUUGUAUUCUGACUGUGUACUUUUUUAAUAAUUGCAAGUGGCAAUAAUGAGUAAGCUGUGAGCAAUAAUAUAAACAGGUCGUGAGGAUACUGUUUUGUACUGAGAAGAGUGAACACAUCGCAGUGGAGCAUUAGGAGCCUGUACAUUUUGGAAUUUUUCAUAGAUGUAGGAGAGGUAUGUACUGGUGAAAAAGUUGUAGCAGCAAUGUGUUAACGGAGAGACAGGCAUAAAGAACCUCCUUCUCCUCCCCUUUCCCACUCCCAGCCUGCUGUUAUGGCAUCCACUCACCUUGGAAUGCCUGACCUUUGCCUCCCGAGGAGGGAACACUGACAACACACAAUUCCUCUGCCACAGGACUGAGGAUUCAAUCAGAAAAUAAGAAAGGCUUAACACCCUAUCUUGCUAUGCAAGGUAACGUUAUCAAUUAAAUAUUUUACCAGAAUGCAUCCCUGUUUUAAAACUCAGAAGUCUUAACCUUUUGAGGAAGGGGAAUGUUAUGUAAGGUAAUACACUUUCAAAAUCCUGUUGCUGGUCUCAAGAAGUCCCAAGAAUAAUACAUAACUUACAGAGGUGGUAGUCAGGUAGGGCACUGGUGACUGAGGUUACACAGUCACUCUUGGGAUGUCUUCAAAGUACAAUCAGCAGACAGAGAAAAGGCCAGUAAGUUCUACUCAACAUCCAGCAACAUUCUCCAGACAGGCACUGGUAUUUUCUGUAAGAAAGAAGCUCAUGACCACACAGGAAUUGUCAAGCCAUGGGUGGAAUACCCUAAAUUUGGAUUCUGAGUAAACCUUUAACCUCACAGCCCUUGGACAGAGGUACCUUGUUAAUUUGCACUAUAUCAGGAACACUUCUGUUGUGCAGAGUGAAUGCCUUAGCUGCUGUGUCCCCUGGCACUGAGGGCAGAAAGCUUUGUGAGGUUUCCAGUGGAGCUGACCCCAAACCAAAAAGGCUGUGGUACGACCAGCUCUGUAAGUUAGUUUUGUCCCUGCGCUUAGCCCUCAGCAGGAGGUGUUACAGGUACUGCAGUGGCAAACCCACCCCGUGUUUUACUGGGAUUUGGUGGAUUUCUGUUUCCAAGCGUGACCUUUCCUUGUGCUGACCGACCAAGAGAUCUUUGAUAUGAUCCGUGUGUUCUGUCAACCGUAGGCUAGCUGAACGUCUGUAGAGUUGCCUGGAAUGCCAUUUGUUAGGUUAUAAACUCACACAGAUCUAAAUGAAGGGUUCAUGUUGUGUACAAAUCUUGAUUUCAGAAGUUUGAGACAAUUGUGAUGACAUUUGUAAAACUUGUACAGAUUUUUCACUAUGUGCCUAGCUUUGGUGUCCAUUCAGCUGAAAUUAAUUAAAAGGUGCAUGAAGAGAAACAGAAAUAAAAAAGUAUAUGUAGAGAUGACUAUUUUAUAUUACAUGGCCCAAUCCUGUAUUUAUUUUCUCCCUUUUUUGAAGUAUUUCUAAAGACCUAGUUGAAACAGCUGUAUUUUUUGUUAAAAUAUUCCGUAGAAUUGUGCCUUUUGUCUGUAUGUGAAUAAAUGCUGUACAUUUUUGCA